AUGCAGGUUAGCGAAGGCUGGAAGCUCGUGUUUGGGGGAUGCUUCAACGUUAUUGAGCCGUUGACCCUCUCUAUCUUGACUAGUUCUGCUCCUAUUGUCCCACUCAUCACCAUCCUCCCGUGCAGUGCAGCAUCCUCCCGUCCUCAUUAUCACCCUCUUGUGCAGGUCAGUGAAGGCCGGAAGCCGGUGUUCGGGGGAUGCUUCAACACCAUCGAUCCUCGCUACCUCGACAUGUUCGCUAGCGUCUCAGGCAACAGGGUUACAGUGUACAAGUGCGAGUCUGGCGGCGCAACCAUCGUCGUGCAACUAUUCCUUGAUGAAAAUAAGGAUGAGUCGUUUUACACAGUGGCAUGGAUGAGGGGGCAGCAGGGGCGGCCGCUGUUGGCAGCUAGUGGCAGCAGCGGGGUGAUUCGGAUCAUUGACUGCUGGCGAGAGACAGUUGUCCAUAGUUUCAUUGGCCAUGGGGGAGCAGUGAACGAGGUGAGGGUGCAUCCGUGCCACCCCGCACUGCUUCUCUCUGCUGGCCGGCAAGGAGACAUGCGCAGGAGACAUACCCCAUAUGUGCACCGGCAAGGAGACAUGCGCAGGCUGCAUUUGAGGCGCCUCUAUCCCUUUCCCCCCACCCACUCCAUUCAGUUAGAGCUUCAUCGGGCACGGAGGCGCAGUGAACGAGGCGCAGUGAACGAGAGUUGUAUUGGCCACAGUGUGGCGGUGAACGAGAGUUUCAUUGGGCACGGAGGUGCAGUGAACGAGGUGAGGGUGCAUCCGUCCCACCCUGCGCUGCUGCUCUCAGCCGGAAAGGACGAGUCGCUGCGGCUGUGGAACACGGACACGGGCGUGUGCGUGGCCAUCAUGGGCGGCACGGACGGGCACCGGAAUGAAGUGCUCAGCGCGGUACAGUAA